AUGACAUUUUCUGUUCAGUCCCAGAAACACUGGAUUGAAGGAGUGUUUGACAAGAGAGAAUGUAACAAAAUUGUACCCAGCUCAAAGGACCCUCACAGAUGUACUGCAGGAUGCCAGGUCUGCCAGAAUUUAAUCAGGUGUUGCUGUGGGCGGCUGAUUGGAGAGCAUCUUGGGGUAGAUCACACCUGGACCAUCUCAGCUGCCAGUGACAGUGAAAAUGAGCAAUGGUCUGUUGAAACCCAUACAACUAGAAGCCCCACAGAUACCUUUGGCACUAUUAAUUUUCAAGAUGGAGAGCACAUCUACCACUCCAAGUAUAUUAGAACUUCUUAUGAUACAAAGUUGGAUCGUCUGUUACAUUUGAUGUUGAAGGAGUGGAAGAUGGAACUGCCAAAGCUGGUCAUCUCUGUCCAUGGAGGCAUCCAGAAUUUUAAGAUGCUUUCCAGACUUAAAGAGAUCUUUAGCCAAGGUUUGGUCAAAGCUGCAGAGACAACAGGAGCAUGGAUAAUAACUGAAGGCAUCAAUACCGGAGUGUCCAAACAUGUUGGGGAUGCCCUGAAAGCCCAUUCCUCCCAGUCCCUGAGAAAAAUCUGGACGGUUGGAAUCCCUCCUUGGGGUGUCAUUGAGAACCAGAGAGAUCUUAUUGGAAAAGAUGUGGUGUGUCUCUACCAUACUCUCGGCAACCCCCUCAGCAAGUUCACCACCCUCAACAGCAUGCACUCCCACUUCAUCUUGUGCGACGACGGCACUGUGGGCAAGUACGGAAACGAGAUGAAGCUCAGACGGAAUCUGGAGAAGUACCUCGCCUUGCAGAAGAUCCACAGCCGCUCCAGGCAAGGUGUGCCGGUGGUGGGGCUGGUGGUGGAAGGGGGCCCCAAUGUCAUCCUGUCUGUGUGGGAGACGGUGAAGGACCGAGACCCCGUGGUGGUGUGUGAAGGCACGGGCAGGGCCGCUGACCUCCUGGCCUUCACCCACAAGCACUUGGCAGAUGAAGGAGCCCUUCGUCCUCAGGUGAAGGAGGAAAUCAUCUGGAUGAUUCAAAACACUUUCAACUUUAGUCUCAAACAGUCCAAGCAACUAUUUCAAAUUCUGAUGGCGUGCAUGGAGCACAGAGAUUCUAUUACUAUAUUUGAUGCUGAAUCUGAGGAAUCACAAGACCUUGAUUUAGCAAUCCUAACGGCUCUGCUAAAGGGCACCAACCUAACAGCAUCAGAACAAUUAAAUCUGGCAAUGGCUUGGGAUAGAACGGACAUUGCAAAAAAACAUAUUCUAAUUUAUGGACAACACUGGAAGCCUGGUUCUCUGGAACAAGCUAUGUUCGAUGCUUUAGUGAUGGAUCGUGUGGAUUUUGUGAAACUCUUAAUAGAGUAUGGAGUGAACCUACAUCGCUUCCUUACCAUCCCCCGACUGGAAGAGCUGUAUAAUACAAAACAAGGGCCUUCUAAUAUGCUCUUGCAUCAUCUUAUCCGAGAUGUAAAACAGCAUGCACUUCUCUCAGGCUACAGAAUAACCUUAAUUGACAUCGGACUGGUAAUAGAAUAUCUCAUUGGUGGAGCAUAUCGUAGCAGCUAUACUAGAAAAAAUUUCAGAAUCCUCUACAACAACCUGUACAGGAAACACAAGCGAGUGACCAGCAUUGCUCAUAGCCUUUCUCAACACCCCCUUCACUGGAGACGCACUUCAGGGAAUAGGUCUGAGUCUGCAGAGAGCACAAUGCACUCCCAGUUCAUUAGGACUGCCCAGCCUUACAAACUCAAGGAAAAGUCUGGAACCCUUCAUAAGUCAAGGAAGAAAUCAAAAGAAGAACUCAGUGUAGCUGAUGAGCCUGAGUCGACUGGUUUCAUUUACCCUUACAAUGACCUGUUGGUUUGGGCAGUGCUAAUGAAGAGGCAGAAGAUGGCCAUGUUCUUUUGGCAGCACGGAGAGGAGGCCACGGCUAAGGCGGUGAUAGCUUGUAUACUCUACAGAGCCAUGGCACAUGAAGCCAAGGAGAGCAGCAUGGUGGACGAUGCCUCUGAAGAGUUGAAAAAUUACUCCAAGCAGUUUGGUCAGCUUGCGCUGGACGUGUUAGAGAAGGCGUUCAAGCAGAAUGAGAGAAUGGCCAUGAAGCUGUUGACCUAUGAACUCAAGAACUGGAGCAAUUCUACCUGUUUGAAGCUUGCUGUGUCAGGAGGAUUGCGGCCAUUUGUGUCCCAUACCUGUACGCAGAUGCUGCUGACAGACAUCUGGAUGGGCUGCCUGAAAAUGAGGAAGGACUCUUGGUUAAAGAUCAUCAUAAGCAUUCUCUUACCACCUGCCAUUUUGACAUUGGAAUUCAAAAGCAAAGCAGAGAUGUCACAUGUCCCUCAGGCCCAGGACUUCCAGUUUACAUGGCAUUAUGGUGACCAGAACCCCAGCAAUGCCAAAGAAAGUGCUUGUACGAAAGACUGUGAUUUGGAACGGGGACCUGAUGAGAAACUGGAUGAAAAUCAGCACUUUGAUUUAAAAAACGAGCCUACGGGGCUUCCAUGGACCAGGAAAGUCUAUGAGUUCUACAAUGCGCCAAUUGUCAAGUUUUGGUUUUAUACGAUGGCAUAUUUGGCAUUCCUCAUGCUCUUCACCUACACUGUGUUGGUAGAGAUGCAGCCCCAGCCCAGCAUGCAAGAGUGGCUUGUUAUUAUUUACAUCUUCACCAAUGCCAUUGAGAAAGUCAGGGAGGUUUGUAUUUCAGAACCAGGGAAAUUUACUCAAAAGGUGAAGGUAUGGAUUAGUGAGUAUUGGAACCUAAUGGAAACUGUGGCGAUUGGCCUGUUUUCAGUUGGUUUUGGCCUUCGCUGGUGGGAUCCUCCUUUCCACACAGCAGGAAGACUGAUCUACUGCAUAGAUAUCAUAUUCUGGUUCUCACGCCUUUUGGACUUCUUUGCUGUCAAUCAGCAUGCAGGCCCCUAUGUGACCAUGAUCGCAAAAAUGACAGCCAACAUGUUCUAUAUUGUGGUCAUCAUGGCCAUCGUCCUGCUGAGUUUUGGUGUGGCACGCAAGGCCAUCCUUUCCCCCAAGGAGCCUCCAUCUUGGAGCCUCGCUCGAGAUAUUGUGUUUGAGCCAUACUGGAUGAUGUACGGAGAAGUCUAUGCUGCAGACAUAGAUGUUUGUUCAAGCAAUCCAUCCUGCCCUCCUGGUUCUUUCCUUACUCCGUUCCUCCAAGCCGUCUACCUCUUCGUGCAGUAUAUCAUCAUGGUGAACCUGCUGAUCGCUUUCUUCAAUAAUGUUUAUGUAGACAUGAAAUCCAUUUCAAACAAACUGUGGAAAUACAAUCGCUACCGCUACACCAUGACCUAUCACGAGAAGCCUUGGCUGCCUCCACCUUUCAUCCUCCUGAGCCACAUUGGUCUCCUCCUUAGACGGUUCUGCCAUCAUCCAGUCCCAAAUGACCAAGAAGAGGGUGAUGUUGGAUUAAAGCUGUACCUGAGCAGCGAGGAGCUGAAGCGGCUGCACGACUUCGAGGAGGCGUGUGUGGAGAAGCACUUCCACGAGCGGGCGCGGAGCGUGAGCUGCAGCUGCGAGGAGCGGGUCCGGGCCACGGCCGAGAGGGUUACCGAGAUGUACUUCCAAAUGAAAGAAAUGAAUGAAAAGGUGUCUUUUAUAAAGGACUCCCUGGUGACCUUGGACAGCCAGGUGGGACAUCUGCAGGACCUCUCUGUCCUGACAGUGGACACCCUCAAAGUCCUUUCUGCCGUUGACACCUUCCACGAGGAUGAAGUGCUCCUGGCCAGCAGGAAGCCCUCUACAAGCAGAAGGCUUCCCCACAGCUGGAGCAAUGUCAUGUGUGCCGAGAUGCUGGGCAACACGGGCUUGCCCAGGGAGAAGAAAUACCAGUAUUACAGCAUGCCCCCUUCUUUGCUUCGGAGCCUGGUCAGAAGUCAGUGCCCCCCAGGAGCACAGAAUGAGCCCUUCCUUGAGAAUCCAGAGAGUCCAAGAGAGACUUCAAAUGCCAAAGAUCACCAGGAAGAGCAAGAAACAGAAAACAGGGGGGCUGCUUCUGGACCGUCUCUCAACAGACAGGCACACUCAAAGUACGGCCAGUUUCUCCUGGUCCCCUCUUAUCUGAAGGAAGCUCCUUUUGCCCCAGAAAUGGACUUGCCUCGGUGUAGACUCUCUGUGGAAGCUGGUGCAGAUGAGCCAGCUGCGGGACUGGCCGCCCAGAGCGAGGGCCCUGUUCACGUGAAGUGGCAGACACCCGUUGUCGUCUCCGCUGAGGGCUCGGUCACUAAGCUCAAGGAGCAGAAUGGGCCAGUUGCUCAGGUACCAGCCUCGCAAGAUAAGGGCAGGCAGGUUCUGCCAACUUUGAGCUGCCCACCUGCGCCCACGAAGGCGACCUCCCUCCCUUCCCAAGUCAAGGUCAUGUACCCUGGAGGUGGCUAUGUGAACUGGGCAUUUUCGGAAGGGGACGAAACAGGCGUGUUCAGCCUCCAAAAGAAAUGGCAAACCUGCCUGGCCUCUUCUCACAGCAGUGACUGUUGGCCGAGUGGGCAAGGCCAGAUCUGUGGAAGAUCCCUACCUGAGAACAGCGCCAAGGGACUGGCCGCAAGUGGUGACCACUCAGGGCUCCAGCUGAACACAUCGCUGUGGGUCAGUCCACUCCGCCGAGACAGGCCCUCCACCAGGAGCCAGAGUUGGAGGGGCCACAAGGAGGAGAAAUUGAAGACCAGUAAAACUAAAAGAAAUCUUCCAAGAUCUUCAGAGAUAGGGCAGUCCGCUUGGGUCAAAGCAAAAGUGCUAACAAAGGAUAUGAGGUCACUGAAGAAAAGGAAGAAAGCUCAAGAUCUGCAGGUGCCUGUCAUAACAGUCAAUACCUGCUCUCAAAGUGACCAGCGAAAUUCAGAGUCAGGAGAAGAACUUAUCUCAGAAGAAGAGAUGUGCAGCAAGAACUGGCUAACAGUAUCCAAAUUUAGUCAGAUAAGUCUGGAACCUUAUAUAUAUAAAAAGAUUAAAACCAAAGAAACUGAACGGCAUGCAGUACCAGUCAGUGAUUAUAUAAAGCAGCCUCAUAAGGAUAUGAACACAAGCUCUUUGUGGGCUUCUUGGAGCACCAACCUCCAUCGGAAUUCCCCGUUGAGAAGUUCAAAUGGCGUUAACAAAAUCUCUGCCUCCUUAAAAAGCCCACAAGAGUCUCCACAUCAUUAUUCAGCCAUUGAAAGGAACAAUUUAAUGAGGCUUUCUCAAACCAUACCAUUUACACCAAUCCAGUUGUUUGCAGGGGAAGAAGUGACUGUGUAUCGGCUGGAGGAGAGUUCCCCGAUGAACCUGGAUAAAAGCAUGUCUUCUUGGUCCCGGCAAGGGCGAGCGGCCAUGAUCCAGGUGCUGUCUCGGGAGGAGAUGGACGGCGGGCUCCGCAGAGCCAUGAAGGUCAUCAGCACUUGGGCUGAGGAGGACAUUCUUAAGCCAGGGCAGGUUUUUAUUGUGAAGUCCUUUCUGCCAGAGGUUGUGCAGGCGUGGCACACAAUCUUCCAGGAGAGCACUGUGCUUCAUCUCUGCCUCAGGGAGAUUCAACAACAGAGAGCUGCUCAAAAACUGAUCUAUACCUUCAACCACGUAAAACCACAAACCAUUCCCUACACACCAAGGUUCCUGGAAGUCCUGCUAAUCUACUGUCAUUCAGCUAACCAGUGGCUCACCAUUGAGAAGUACAUGACUGGGGAGUUUCGGAAGUACAACAAUAACAACGGAGACGAAAUCGCACCCCGCAGCACCCUGGAGGAGCUGAUGUUGGCGUUCUCCCACUGGACCUACCAGUACACUCGGGGAGAGCUGCUGGUUCUAGACAUGCAAGGUGUUGGUGAAAAUUUGACAGAUCCAUCAGUUAUAAAACCUGAAGACAAACAAUCAAGAGGAAUGGUGUUUGGACCAGCCAAUUUAGGGGAAGAUGCAAUUAGAAACUUCAUUACAAAGCAUCGUUGCAACUCCUGCUGCCGGAAACUCAAACUCUCUGAUUUGAAGAGAAAUGACUAUUCCCCUGGAAGGAUCAAGUCCACCUAUGGACUUGAACUGAAAAUUGAAGCAACUGAGGGACCUCCAGCAAGCGAAAAGAGUAUGCAUUCUCCAGAAGAUCUCACACGACUGUAAGAAGGAGAGAGAUAAGACAAUAGGUGAUCUAGGCCUCCCUUCCAUGAAAUCUUUGGUCAAGUCAGUUGAUGGACCAACAGGGAUUACAUCAGAGCCUUUUCAGGAUGCCUAGUUUGCAGGCCUUGGGCACUGUAUGAGCCUCAUGUCUCAGGACCCCACUGAUGUAGAAUGUAAGGGUGCUUUGUUGUGUCUGUCAUCCUCAAGUCGUAUGGGAAGACACUUGGACAGGACUCCCAGUUCUUUAUACCUCAUUGCUUUAGCUGUUCUCUUAGGACCCUUGAAGCAGAAUGCCAAGCACAAGGAAAUGAGGGAGAUAAAUUUAAUUUAUUUUCUUACUAUGUGUGAAGACUCCAGUCUCCACUCCAGCCUCAUAACUUCUCCCCAUUUUUUAUGAUGUAUAUAUGUACACAAAAAUGUUCUUGACUUCUUCCCUCUUCCUUUCCCAUGGUAUAAGGCUUUGAAUAGUAACAGGGAAGAUAAUGGAAAGAGGGUGUGAUUGCAGAUUGCACACUUCUGUACAAACUAACAGGUAAAAAAGUAUCCUGGUGAUAUCUAAGUAAAUUUGAGGAAUUAUAAGGGACACAUAUAUUGUCCAAUCAUUUCAGGUUUUUCUUAAAGAAAGCAGAGGGGCAUCUGAGAUAAAUGACCUGACAACCCUAAAAUAUAGGGUAAUAAUGAUAUAUAAAACAAGAAAUCAUUACGAAGUGUUUCUCUUUUCCUUAAUCUCAUUUUCUAGUGAGCUCACUAAGACAAGCUGAAGAAGCACUCCUUUUUUCCAAACUUGUGUAUGAUAUUACAGGACUAAAUUAUUCUGUGUCAGAUUCUAGAGGCAGAAGAUACAUUUCAGACUGAAAAUAUGCUUCAAAGGUGUUUUAUUUGCUCCAGUGCCAAAAUCUGAUAGCUAUAGUGCUACGCUAUGGUCUGUAUGUACGUCCUGAGAAAAUGUCAUUCUUUUCAGAAGUUUGAAUGAAGAUUUGCUGAAGCUUCAUUGUAUACCAUGUUUGGGGAAUUGGACAACCCUUUUUCAUAUUUUCCCUGAUCACCCUACCUCAGAAUAAGCAUGAGCUUACAAGGAGGAGAUGGGGAGCUGAGAAUCUUCUUCCUCCCCACCCCCCCCAACUCCUACCCCACACAUCUCUUUUCAUUACUAUCAAGUGUUCCAGUACCCACUACCAGCAACAAAUGCCCUGGCUGAAAAUUUUUCAGCUAAUCUUUAAAACUGUGUUUACUAGUUCUCUUUUUAAGUCAACAUUCCUGAAAUUUUAGGCUUGUAAGAGAGUUGCGGAAAGCUAACUAUGCAGGUUCUGGAUUGGGUCUAAUUCUUUGAACCGUGAAUUGCACAAUGGCAAAUUUAUAACCCUUUAACUUUGGCCUUGUAGGUAGUGUAGUGGAAGGUGGGAAAUUUGAGUAUUUCUUGAUUGGAAAUAAGGAUAGAAUGUUAAUGCUUUCCUUUAACCCUCCCCCCACCCCACACACUUUCAACUGCUCUGCAAAUCAGUAAGGGAUAUAUUAAUACUUAUUUCAGUGCUGUGAUCAACUAUGGGAUCAACACUUUGUCCAAAAGUCAAACUAAAAAAAUGA